CGGAUGCGGAGAGGAGCGAGAGUGCUGGAGCGCGCCACGCGGCGGAAGGCAGGGGGAUAAGCAGCGAAGGACAAUCUUACGAUGCCGCUGAAGCGGAAACUCUCUGACAGGCUGGGGCCACCAUGGACCAAGGAGGACAUAGCAGAAUUUCUUCAGGGUUUCCGCGCGCACGGUCAAGACUGGAAGAAAGUGGCAUCCCUUGUGCGGAACAGGACGGUGGAGAUGGUGGCGGCCUUAUAUACCAUGAACAGGGCAUACCUGUCCCUUCCAGAGGUCUCCGUCGACGCAUUGUUUGCAAUGAUGACAGAUCACUGCAACUUCAUGCAGGAGGGUUGUUUGAGCAAUGGAGAUGUGAGCAGCGGGGAUGAGAUAGAAUCACGCUCAAGUAGCCAGAAAAAGAAGAAGAUCGGGAAUGGUGGGAAUGCGGGUGCACCUGCUGGAGUUCUUGUGCCUGGGAAAAAAGGAGGAAGCACACCUUCGAAGCGGGGGGCUCUUUCCGAGAGUUUCAAACUUAAGGAGAAGGACAAGGGAUUGAAGGUGGUUAUGCAGAAGGAGAAAGAGAAGGAGAAGGAGGAGAAGAAGGACGAGAAGGAGGAGAAGAAGGAUGAGAAGAAGGAUGAGAAGAAGGAGAAGGAGAAGGAGGUCGUGAAAGAGAUCAAGCCUGGGGCAACACCAAGUCUUGGACUGCCAAUGGGACUAACAGGAACACCGGGGCGUCGACCAACAGGGAGGAGGACCCCCCGAGGCCCUUUCAGUGGAAUGACUGCAGAAAAGGAGAGGGAGAGGGAGGAGAGGGGAAAGGAGGAGAGGGAAAAAGAGGAAAAAGAAAAGGAGGAGGAGGAGGAGGAGGAAAAGGAUGUGGAAAAGGAGAACAAGAGGGAGCGGUUGGGCAAGAGGGAGAAACUGAAGGACAAAGAGGGAGAGAAGGAGAGAGUGCGGUUAAAGGAGUUUGAGAGGGACCAAAAGGUGUCAGAUCGUGAGAAUCGUCGAGAAGAAAGAGAGAGUCAGAGAUUGAAGGAGAAGGAAAGCUUGAAGCAGAAGGAACGAGAGAACCAGAGGUUGAAAGAAAAGGAUUCUCAGAGGGUGAAAGACAGGGAAAGGGAGAAAGAGGAAAGAGAGAAGGAAAGUGUAAAGGAAAGUGUAAAGGAAAAAGUAAAGGAAAGAGAAAAGGAAAGAGAAAGAGAAAGGGAUAAGGAGAAGAAGGAAGAGAGUAGUAGAGAUAAGGAACGAGACGCUGAGAGGAAGAAGUUUGAAAAGGAGAAGAAGAGUAACAAGGUAAGAGAUAAAGACCGGGAAGUAGCUGGAAACCCUACAGCAUCGCCUGAAAACCGGAGAGGCAGCAGAGGGGAUGGGGGGCAAGGGAACAAAGACAAGGCAAGUAGAGACAAAGAGAAAGUGAAGGAGAAGGAGAAACCGAAGGCCAAAGAUAAAGUAAAGCCAAAGGAUAAGCUUCCCGAAAGUUCCAAGAGUGAGAAGGAAACAGUCAGAGAACCUGUGUCACCAAGUCAUUCAACACGCAAACUGCAACGGACACGUCAAGGGGAGGUAAAGGCCAGGCCGAUAGUGGAGAAUGCUGGGGCAGUUCCUGUCCGGAAAACUGAUGGUGAAGCCAUGACGUCAAGCAAUGGAACGGUCAAGGGUGGAGCUGCAGAGGUAGGUAUAGGAGCUAAGCGCACAUCGGACAGGUCGGAGAGCACCCCUAAGAGGGAAAAUGCUAGGUCAACGCCUCGCAAGCUGGUUAGCAAAUCUCUGAAGGAUGGGGCAACGGCUGGCAAAGGAUCUGAGGUUAGUGAGAGAAGAAGGGGAGCAUUGUUUGAAUCGAACGAAGUUUCACCAGAGCAGGUUGUGGCGAGAGAGAGGUCUGGAGGUACCACAUCGACUGCUGCUGUGGUGGCUGGAUGUGGAGCAAGCACAAGAAAACAAACCCAUUCGCCAGGUGAAGAAGAUGUAGACAUGGAGCCAGACUCUUCAAGUAGGGAGGGCGGCGUAGGGAAUGAAAACACGAAGAAGAAAUCUCUCAGGCGAACUAAGUCAGUCAAUGUGUCUCUUGACAUAAGUAGAGGAGGGGAAGGAUCAGUUGGGCCUGCUGCCAUAGCUAGCCCACAAGGAAGGAAGGGUGGUGGGACUGGAGAAAGGGAGGAGAAGAUGGCAAGGAAGCUAGUGGAUGAUGCUGGCCCAGAGGGGAAUGCGAAAAGAGCCAGAAGGCAGGAUAAAGAAAAAGUGAGGGAUAGGGCAGUUGAGAGAGUGAAGAAAGAACAGGCUUUAAUACAAGAAGAAAAGGAAGAAGGAGAGGUGGAUGAAGAGGCAGAUGAGGAGAGCAAAAGGGAAGGAGAUGAUCAUGUUGAUACUCGAGAGGAAGUAGAAGAACCUCGGAGAAAGCGCAAGACACCGAUGGCUCCACAGCAGGAUAGCAAGAAAUUCCGGGGAAUGUACUCUGGUGCGUAUUCUGUUUCCUUUUCUGCGUUUCCUCUCCACGAAAGUACUGCUUGCCAGAUGCUGUUCCAGCCUUCCUUACCAAGGGCUCUUUGUGUUUCUCAAUACACAAAUGUGUCUUGCCAUUUCAUUAUGGUAACACAGGGAGAAUGGCGGUAGGGCCAGCAUUAGGAAGGUUUGGGGGUUACAGGGGGGGUAGGUUCUGAAACUGCUGAGGAGAAGGAGAGCGGAGGAGGGAGUUGUUGCUUUGAGACAGCAGUAUUGGAGUAAAUCUCACAUGAUGGG